AAAACUGAGGUGGUGUGUCUUUCCUAAGGCCACAGCCUUGCUUGAAGGCACUUCCUAUGCCGAUGCCUGCAGCCUCACUAUAAUAUAAGUAUAUAUAUAUCUAUCUCCCUCGUUCUUCCCCACAUAAUUAUUUUCCCCAACCCCACCAGAAUUUCUCUUACCUAUUCUCUUUUGAGACACGGAAACGGGGAGAAAAGAGGUAGAUGGAAGCAUCACUUCCGUCCUUCGGACUAGGACUCAUGCUCCUCGUUCUAACACUGACAUGGGCAUGGAGGGUCCUGAACUGGGUGUGGCUUAGACCGAAGAAGCUCGAGAGGUUUCUGCGCCAACAAGGUCUCUCUGGGAAUUCCUAUAGGUUUUUGUUCGGGGACCUGAAAGAGACCUCGAGGAUGUUCAAAGAUGCGAGGUCAAGACCUAUCGGCCCCUCCGAUGACAUCCUGCCUCGUGUUUUCCCUUUCGUCCUCCAAUCAGUCAACACUCAUGGGGUCAUAAUACUCUCAAUUUCCAGAAAGUGCAGAAGCAAAGUAUUCACUUUACAAUUAUGUACAGGCAAGGAUUGCUUCACGUGGAUUGGGCCAACUCCCAGAGUGAUAAUCAUGAACCCUGAACACAUCAAGGAUGUUUUCGCCAAAAUAGACGACUUUCAGAAACCCGCCUCGAACCCAGUGCUGAAGAUGCUGGCCUAUGGACUUGUAAGCUUCAACGGCGAGAAGUGGGCAUUGCACAAGAAGAUCAUCAACCCCGCAUUCCACCUAGAGAAACUCAAGCUCAUGCUUCCCCUUUUCUAUGCAAGCUGCACCGAAAUGGUGAGAAGGUGGGAAAAGCUGGUGUCUGCUGGGGCAUCACCCGAGCUCAAUGUGUGGCCUGAGCUGCGAUACUUGACCCGUGAUGUGAUUGCGCGAACAGCAUUUGGGAGCAGCUAUGAAGAAGGAAGAAGGAUAUUUGAACUUCAAGAGGAACAAUCCGAGAUCGUCAUGAAACUUAUCCUGACAGUCUACAUCCCGGGUUGGAGGUUUGUUCCGACAAAAACGAAUAGGAGAAUGAAGCACAUAACCAACGAAGUGAAUUCUUUGCUCCUGGGGAUGAUCAGCAAACGUGAGAAAGCUAUGCGGACAGGGGAGGCUAGGGCUGAUGAUUUAUUAGGAAUGAUGCUUGAGUCAAACAUGAAGGAGAUCCAAGAACACAGAGGGAGUAAGAACAGGACAGGGAUGAGCAUAAAAGAUGUGAUCGAGGAGUGUAAGCUGUUUUAUUUUGCAGGGCAAGAAACAACCUCAACCUUGCUCGUUUGGACAAUGGUAUUACUUAGCAUUCACCCUGAGUGGCAAACCCGAGCAAGAGAGGAGGUUCUGCAGGUCUUUGGAAGGGAAAAACCAGAGUUUGAUGGGCUGAGCCGCCUCAAGAUUGUCACAAUGAUCUUGUACGAGGUACUGAGGCUAUAUCCACCAAUAAUCAGUCUCUCUCGUAUAGUCCACGAGGAAACGAGACUUGGAAAACUAACCAUCCCUGCCGGGGUGCAAGUGGGAUUGCCCACCAUACUCAUCCACCAAGACAGAGAACUGUGGGGUGAAGAUGCCAAGGAAUUCAAUCCAGAGAGGUUCGCGGAAGGACUCUCAAAGGCGACCAAGAACCAAGUCUCAUUCUUCCCGUUCGGGUGGGGAGCAAGGAUCUGCAUCGGCCAAAAUUUCGCGCUGAUUGAAGCAAAGAUGGCUAUAGCAAAGAUCCUGCAGCGAUUCUCAUUCGAGCUUUCGCCUACCUAUGCUCAUGCUCCUGCAACAAUCGUCACUGUCCAACCUCAACAUGGUGCUCAAGUCAUUCUGAGACGAGCCUAGCUCAGUCGAUCUAUUCUUAAAUACCGAUGAAACAGAGAUUUGCCCAAGUGCAGUCCCCUCCCAUCCCACGUCCCGAUUUCAAUACUAAGGAAUAUGGUGAAUUUAUGUUAUAGUUUUCUGGUUCUAUAUACUACACUUACCUUCCCUGUAAUCUCUUACAAUAUUCUCUCUUUUCAAAAAAUUGGCGCAACUUCUUCGGAGUUCUUUUGGUAGUGUUGAGCUGUAUUCAACUUUUACUUUCUUUGUUUGUUCAGUUUGAUAUCUGUAUUGAACCUGUUUUUUUUCUCUUUAUGCCCAAA